CGAACCCUGUGUUAUUGUAGAGGCCCCCAUCUGAGGGAGGUUGGACAAAUCCAGGAAAGUGAGAUUGUCGCUGCCCUUUGUCCUAUUUUCAGCAGCCAGUUUAGAAUUAACAAUUGUUGCUGUGAGCUAAAAGGCGUCUGCAUCUUCUCGGUGACAAUGUGGGCCCUCAUUUUCUGGAUUUUUGCUCUUCUGCUUGCUCUGGCCUCCAUCUCUUUUAUCCUGUUCUGUGGAUAUAUCUACUACAUGCACAGGAAAUAUGACCACAUUCCUGGACCCCCCAGAGACAGCUUCAUCCUUGGACAUUAUCCCACAGCAGAUGAGCUUGCGUAUGACUUGUUUUUAGAGUGGGAGCCAGAGAUACGGCCCAGUCGUACGGAUUAAUUUUUUACACAAUGUGAUAGUCUUAGUUGUCAGCCCAGAAGCAGUAAAGGAAUUCCUGAUGUCUCCAAAAUACACAAAGGACUGGUUUUACAGCCGUAUGUCUAACCUGUUUGGUGUUCGCUUCUUGGGAAAAGGCUUGGUGACAGAUCGGGAUUAUGAUCACUGGCACAAACAGAGGAGAAUUAUGGAUCCAGCGUUUAGUAGAACAUACCUUACUGGAUUGAUGGCACCUUUCAAUGAGAAAGCCGAGGACUUGAUGCAAAGACUGGCAGAAAAGGCUGACGGAAAAACUGAGAUUGGAAUGCUUAACAUGUUCUGCAGAGUCACCCUGGAUGUCAUCUCAAAGGUAGCUUUUGGGAUGGACAUGAAUUCCAUUGAUGAUGAUCAGACUCCGUUUCCUCGAGCCAUAUCCUUGGCUAUGAGAGGAUUUGUUGAAAUUAGAAACCCUUUUGUCAGGUUCUCCUUGGAAAAGCAGAAGUAUAUUAAAGAUACUCAAGAGAGCCUCAGACUUCUCAGGAAAACUGGGAGAGAAUGUAUCGAGAGACGCAGAAAGGCUAUUGAAGAUGGAGAAGACAUUCCGUUGGAUAUACUCACACAGAUCCUUAAAGGGGCUGCCCAGGAAGAUGAAUGUGAUAUGGAAGAUUUGAUAGAUAAUUUUGUUACUUUCUUCCUUGCAGGGCAAGAAACAACUGCCAACCAGUUAUCAUUUACAUUGAUAGAACUGGCACGGAACCCGGACAUUCUGAAAAAGGCUCAGGAUGAAGUGGAUGAUGUUAUUGGUUCCAAAAGAGACCUUGAGUAUGAAGAUCUUGGAAAACUGCAAUACUUGUCCCAGGUCUUGAAGGAAAGUUUAAGACUCUACCCUCCUGGUCCAGGUACAUCACGUGCCCUAGAAGAAGAAAUUGUUAUAGAGGGCGUGAGAAUUCCCGCUAACUCAAGCCUGAUGUUUAACACCUACGUCAUGGGAAGGAUGGAGCAGUUUUACCCAGAUCCCCUUGUAUUCAACCCAGAUCGAUUUCACCCUGAUGCUCCCAAGCCGUAUUUUACAUAUUUCCCAUUUUCUCUUGGGCCACGUUCUUGUAUUGGACAAGCCUUUGCACAGAUGGAAGCGAAGGUGGUAAUGGCCAAGCUCCUGCAGAGAUUCCAGCUUGAGUUGGUGGAAGGUCAAAGCUUCAAGAUAUAUGACACAGGCUCUCUACGACCCAUGGGAGGGGCAAUAUGUAGACUGAGGCCCCGAACAAACUCUGGAACCAUCAAGAAAUAG